AUGGCGGGGCUAAAGAUCAACCUAGACGAUUUGGAGAGUGACAAUGAUGACUCGGCAAAGAUGUCCAACGAGGGACUACGCCUCGGCGAGCUCAUCGUUUCCUCCGAGGGUCUCACGACGUCGAUGGGGUACAAGUAUGGCCUUUCGCCAGAGGAUGUGGUGCUGAGCGCAACAGGCUUCUUGGGGCAGGGGAGCAGCGGGUCCGUGCGCCGAGCGACGCACCUCAAGACCGAUAGGGACAUCGCUUUGAAGGAGAUCAAGCUCACGGGGCAGACACACCUACAGGAGAUAAGGCGCGAAUUGGAAACGCUCCAUAGGGACGGCAGCACAUCACCAUACUUGGUUGACUUUUAUGGUGCCUUCUGCCAUGAAGGCUCGGUUUUCAUUGCCAUGGAAUGCAUGGAUGGCAGUCUAGAUGGCGUGCCGAAACCGGUUCCAACAGCUGUCCUGGCAAGCAUCACACGCAGCAUUAUCCGUGGUCUCUACUACCUACACAAGGUUAGGCAUCUCAUGCACCGCGACCUUAAGCCUAGCAACCUUCUCUACAGUCAGGACGGACGCAUCAAAAUAUCAGAUUUUGGCGUGAGCUCCUUUCUGGAAUGCACCCGUGGUGAUGCACACAGCUUUGUUGGGACGCUGACGUACAUGAGCCCUGAGCGGUUAAAAGGGGAGUCCUAUUCGUUCUCGGCAGAUAUAUGGUCGCUGGGCCUCGUUGUUGCUGAGCUCGCAUUGGGUGCAUGUCCUUUCACGGAAAGAUUUUUGCGCAACAAUUCCUCGACGGAAGCAAGUUUCUGGAUACUGCUGCAGCACCUGAACGGUGAUGGUCCUGUGAUUGCCCUCCCACCUUCGAUGGAUCCUGCGCUGGCGUCAUUCAUUUCAGGAUGCAUUCAAAAAGAUCCACAGAGACGUCCUACAUGUGAUGAAUUACUGCAUCACUCAUUCAUUGCAGAAGGGGAUGAGAAUGACGACCGGUUUGUGAUCAGGGAGUGGCUCUCCACCGUGCAGGCUCCAACGGAGGUUGACACCUCUGUUGAGGAGUCUGGUGCUCCUUUGGUGCGUCCGCCAUCGGGACUGGAAGUCGUCUUGAAUCUCGAUGACGAGCUUAACAAACUGCUUCGGUGA